AUGGAGAGAAGAGAACGAGCAAAAGAGAAGGAGAAGGAACAAUGGAGCGGAGAAGAAAUGGCUAAGAAGAUGAUUGCGAGCGGAGCUUUUGAUUCGGGCCUUAUCGCCUCCGCAUUCAAAGAGCUUCGGAACGAAAAGCCACCUCUCAAUUCAUGCAUUUCGUUCAAGAACAACAUGCAUAAGAUUCGAGCUCCCGACUUCCCAAUUGUAGAUGACAAAAUAUUCAAACUCACUCAUGCUCCGGAUAACUUCAUUUGUGCAGCAAAAGUCGCUGUUCCAGAAUUCAAUCGGACAAUGAUUGUCACACAAGUUCCAGAUGUGUCUACUCCUGUGAAUAUUGAAGACUUUUGGAGAAUGAUCUUCCAGGAGGAAGUUCACUCGGUUGUUCUUGCCCUGAUGCCAUUGGAAUGCUCGGUGACUCUCCAACAGAUCUUUCCCAUUCUCAGUGGAACAUUUGCCAAUCAUGGCAAAAUGUUUUUGAACAACAAGAAAGUGGAUUCGACGGUUGCAAUGACUGCAUACACAUUGGAGAUUCUGCCAGAUGGAUGCUCGAAUUCCUUGUUCACAACGGUCUAUCAUCUUCACAAUUGGAAGCAGAAAAGAGGAUUGGAUAAUGUUGGAGACUUGGUUUCUACCAUUGAGAAGGUUCUCAAGACUAAUGAAAACACAGUGCUGAUGAGUAUGAACGGAAUGGGUCGUGCUGGAACAAUGCUUGCUCUUUUCACUUCAAUGCUCCAUGUUCAAAAAGGAAAAGAAGUGAAUACGAAGGAGAUUGUAGACAAGUUGAGAGGAGAAAGAUGUGGUCUGAUCGAGAAUGCUGAGCAGUAUGGAACGGUUUACAGAGCAAUGGCUUUGUGGUUUAAGAACAAGUCGACGGAUGAGGAGGUUCAGAAGAAGGUCAAUGAGUUCGCACCAUGUGUUCAGUGA